AAACGGUAACAACUUUAACAGCAGUGAGUGUCGCGACUGUUAAUGUUAGACUGUGUGUCACACUAAAAAAAUGAACACCGUGGAGAUAGAUAAGCAGAGCCUGACUGCAGUAAUGGACCAUGAAAAAACUAUUUGGAUAAAAGAGGAAACAAGUGAGAUAUCAAGUUCACCAGGCUCCAUUGUCCAGGUAUACCCCUGUAGUGUGAAAAUAAAGGAAGAAUCACAGGAGACUGGGAAUCAAGAGUUACUUCAAGAUCCAUUAAAAAUUGAGGCUCCAUUUUACAACACAAAGGAAGAUCCAGGACUGAAAUUGAAUUAUCUGGAAGACCCAUUUAUAGCCUCGGGGUCCACUGAUCAUAUUAAGGAGGAUUCAGUACUAAAUUUAGGAGCAGAAGAAAUUGAGACUUUUAUGUUCAGCAAUCCCGAAUAUGAUCCUCUGGGAGUUAAGAUGGAGGAGGUGGAAGCCUCAACAAGAUUUGCAUCUGAUAGUGCAAGAUUGACUCAGACUACUGGUGGGAGCUGUGGCUUAUCAUGUGAAGAAAUUUGUCACCAUGGGCUCGUCCAGGAUGAUUCGGUGAUAGACGAGGAGAAGUCAACACAUGAGUUUGGUACAGAAAAUGUGAUUAUUGAUAAGGAAUACUCAGUAGCCACCCAAUAUGACUGUAGUAAGAGGGAAAAGGAAUUACAUCUAUAUAGCUGUGAUUUCUGCCAACAAAACUUUCCUUCAAAAUACAGACUCAUAAUGCAUGUGUUUACGCACAUUGAUGGUAUGCAACCACCUUUGUAUGUUUGUAAGUGGUGUGGUGAGGUAUUUCACAGUAAGCUUAGUUUGAAAACACAUUUGAGAAUGAGAGAGAAUUAUCAUGUCUUAACUGCUGGCCACCAUGAAAAAUAUGACUAUAGUGAUGAGCAUCAAAGCAGUAUCUUCUUGGAUAGUGAGCCAGAAGUUUCUGUUACACAACACAUUGAACAGUCUUCAUAUAAGGAAACGUGGAAUACUUCAAAGAAGGCCUCUAAUGACAGGUGUAACACACACAUGACAAAUGUUGCAACAAGUGCUUAUGGAAUUUUAUCUACAGCUGUUAAUGUCAGUACCCAGGCUGAUCUACAUAUUACAAACAGAACCAACAAAUGUGGUAUUUGUGCCAAAUGGUUUGCUAGGUCAGGCGAUAUGAAGACACAUUUAUUAAUUCACACUGGAAUGAAACUUCACAAAUGUGAGAUUUGUGGGAAAUCUUUUACUUUGUUAGGCAGUCUCAAGAAGCAUACAUUAAUUCACACUGGAAACAAACCGCACAAAUGUGAGAUUUGUGGAAAAUGUUUUGCUAGAUCAGAUUGUCUCAAGACUCAUGUAUUAGUUCACACUGGAACGAAGCCUCACAAAUGUGAGAUUUGUGCAAAAUGUUUUGCUACAUCAGGUUGUCUCAAGACUCAUGUAUUAAUUCACAGUGGAAAGAAACCUCACAAAUGUGAGAUUUGUGGAAAAUGUUUUACUACAUCAGGUUAUCUCAGGACUCAUGUAUUAAUUCACACUGGAAAGAAACCCUACAAAUGUGAGAUUUGUGGGAAAUGUUUUGCUACAUCAGGUUAUCUCAAGACUCAUGUAUUAAUUCACACUGGAAAGAAAGCUCACAAAUGUGCGAUUUGUGCAAAAUGUUUUGCUACAUCAGGUUGUCUCAAGACUCAUGUAUUAAUUCACACUGGAAAGAAACCUCACAAAUGUGAGAUUUGUGGAAAAUGUUUUACUACAUCAGGUUAUCUCAAGACUCAUGUAUUAUUUCACACUGGAAAGAAACCCUACAAAUGUCAGAUUUGUGGGAAAUGUUUUGCUACAUCAGGUUAUCUCAAGACUCAUGUAUUAAUUCACACUGCAAAGAAACCCUACAAAUGUGAGAUUUGUGGGAAAUGUUUUGCUACAUCAGGUUAUCUCACGAAUCAUGUACUAAUUCACACUGGAAAGAAACCUCACAAAUGUGUGAAAUGUGUGAAAUCUUUUGCUAGGUCAGGGAAUCUCAAGAGGCAUGUAUUAAUUCACACUGGAAAGGAACCUCACAACUGUGAGAUUUGUGGGUAAUCUGUUGCUACGUCAAGCUAUCUCAACAGACAAACAUUAAUUCGCACUGGAAAGAAACCUCACAAAUGUGUGAUUUGUGGGAAAUCCUUUGCUAGGUCAGGCACUCUCAAGAGGCAUGUAACAAUUCACACUGGAAAUAAACUUCACAAAUGUGAGAUUUGUGGGAAAUAUUUUGCAGAGUCAGGCGAUCUCAAGAAACAAGCAUUCAUACACACCUAGAAAAGACCUCACAAAUGUGAAAUUUGUGGCAAAUCAUUUGCUAGAUCAGGUGAUCUCAAGACACAUGCAUUAGUCCACAUGGGAAGGGGACCUCACAAAUGUGACAUCUGUGAGAAAAGUUUCACUCAGUUGGGUACUUUCAAGACACAUGCAUUACUUCACAUCAGAAGGUAACUACAAGUAAUUGUUAGUUUAUGCACAUAGAUUUUCCUGGUUGGUGCCCUCAAGGCCUAUAAAAUAAUGAACGUAGUAGGGGGACAAUAAAUUGUAAUGCCUGUGAAAUAACAUUAA